GAGGUCCUGACUGAUGUCACAGAGUCCACCUCAGUGGAUGUGCUGCUGACAAACCUCAUCAGGGGGAACCUGCUUCCCUCUGCUCACCUCUGGAUAACCACACGACCUGCAGCAGCCAAUCAGAUCCCUUCUGUGUGUGUGGACAUGGUGACAGAGGUCAGAGGGUUCACUGACCCUCAGAAGGACCAGUACUUCAGGAAGAGGUUCAGAGAUGAGGUGGUCGGCUCUGGUCUUCAUCUUACUGUCAUCAGACAAAGAUAUGGAUGUGUUUGACCUGAAGAAAUACUCUGCGUCAGAGGAGGCUCUUCUGAGGCUGCUGCCUGUGGUCAGAGCCUCCAACAAAGCUCUGCUGAGCAGCUGUAACCUGUCAGAGAGAAGCUAUGAAGCUCUGUCCUCAGUUCUCAGCUUCCAGUCCUCUAGUCAGAGACACCUGGACCUGAGUAACAACGACCUGCAGGACUCAGGAGUGGAGCCGUUGUCUGCUGGACUGGGGAGUCCACGUUGUGAAAUGGGAACUCUCAGGCUGUCAGGUUGUCUGGUCACAGAGGAAGGCUGUGCUUCUCUGGCCUCAGCUCUGAGCUCCAACCCCUCCCAUCUGAGAGAGCUGGACCUGAGCUACAACCAUCCAGGAGCCUCAGGAGUGAAGCUGCUGUUGAUGCAACUAGAGGAUCCACACUGUCUCAGGUACAGACGGACUGCAGACUGGACUCUCAAGUACAGACCGACCACAAACCAUACUCUCUCAGGUACAGACAGACCACAUAUACACAGUGGAACCUUGGAUUGAGAGUAUAAUUCAUUCC